AUGGUCAAAGGAAGAAAGGAGACGGCUGUGAUCUAUUCUAGGGUGUCUACCAAGGCCAACCAACACGGCGCUAGUGUCACGCGGCAGCAACAGGCCUGCAAGGAGGUGUGCAGCCGCAAUCGAUGGGACAUCGUGCACAAUGUGGCCGAAGUCGUCAGCGGUUCACUGCCUAAGGAUCAACGACAUGUCUUUUGCAAUCUCCUACGGACCUGCAAGGAGAAAGGGAUCAAGAACGUUGUUGUGGAGGGCUCUCGCACUGUAUCCCGCACUGCAAAAACAGCAGAAGAGUUCUACGACCUGUGCAAGGAGGCAGGGAUCAAAAUCACUGCGGCAGACAUUCCAAUGCUCUUCGACGACAGCACGGGCAACCCCGCACAGCGCUUCAUGAGACACGUGCUGUUCGGCUACGUUCAGCUGGAGCGGGACAUGCUCGUACAUCGCCUGCAGGAUGGCUUGGCACGCAAGAAGCGAAAAGCCGAGGAAGCUCGCAAGAAGGGCCAUCAGCUUCCAAGAUCACAGCAAGGCACAGUCAAGGUUAACGGCAGACGAUCUAUCCUAGAAACCAAGCAGCUGAGCAAGAGGCAGAUUGAGCAGAAGCUGGGAGGCCUCUUUCACCAGUACGACAAUGGCCGGCUCAGCGUCCGGGACCUGGCGAAAAAGAUUUCGGAUCGACUGGGAUGCAAGAAGACUAUCUCUCACGAGACAGCCCGUCGCAUGUUCCAUGCACAUGCGGAGUGA